AUGUCAGAUCAAAACUGGAUGUCCGUUGAUUCCGAUCGUGUGGAUUUUGCACGUCUACCGGAUGAGAUUUCUGACUCACCCUCCCUUUUUCAGAACACUCCUGUAUUUCGGAACUAUAGUGCAGGUUCUCUCAAUGCUAAUUCCUUCUCACCCAACCACACGUCGCCCAGUCUUUCUGGCAAACUAAUGCCCCAGAAUGGCCAGAAUAGCGGUACAGCGUUGAAUCUCCCGCCAACCUUCCGCUUGGACGUUAUACAACUUAUCACCUAUCUGGACCAAUCACUUUCCAAGGACGCAGUGUGCUCUCAGGCGUUUUCGAGACCCUGCGAAGAACUGCGUAAAGCAUGCAAGCAGCACGCAUUCGAACACGCCUUCAUACUUUUCGGCGAGAUCAAAUGA